CUCCAUCAAUUUCUCUCCUACCCAGACAGCAAGGAUCGGAAAAGGAGGGGGGGGAUAUAUACCCAACCGUCUUUCCCCCCCAUUUCUCUCUUCCCCCCUUUCCCCCUUCCUUCCUUCCUUCACUUGGAUUUUUUUUUAGGUUCACCUCUUCCCCACCCCUCCCUCUUCCCUAUACAUCUGCUUCUUUGCAUUCCUUCCUCUCUCUCCCCAAUUCCUGAGACCACCUAUUGUUACAAUCUCACCCCCCUUUUCUUCACCAUCCUUGUCUCCAGUUCAGCCACCUUCGAUUUCUCUUGCCCCCCCCCCCCGCCUCCUCCCCUGUUCCAGGCCUCCCUGAAUUUAUUUAUUUCCCUUUUCCCUUUCCUCUCCCUUCCCCUCCUUCAGGCAAUGAGGAAAGAUGCCGGAGGAUGAGGUCCAGGUAGCAGCGGCAACGCCAGCAAGCCUGGCUGUCGCACAUCAUUUUAAGGAUGCUGCCGACCCUCUCCUUUGGGUACCAUUGUUCCUGGCCUCUUCUGCUCCACUCUAUCUUUUCUGAUGGCUGACUGAACCCCAUCAUUUCCCCCUUUUUCUUUCCAUUCUCUGCUUGGUUGGGUGGCUGCUAUCUUGGACCCCCUCCCAAUCCCUCCUAGUGACACCUGCCUUUUGAGACCCCCCUUUCCCCGCUUGCCUCUCCUCCUUCCUGAUCCAUGAUUUUCUCGACUCCCCCCUAAGAUGCUAAGACAAGGCCCCUUCCUUCUUCUGGCUGCGUCCAUGUCGUAUUUCAACCCUGAGAAAGCUUUGGCAGCGCCUUCGGAAAAUGAUGGAUUAUCCCAUCCUCUGGCCCCUCCCUAUGCCGUGGUCCUCAUUUCCUGCUCAGGCUUGCUGGCAUUUAUCUUCCUCCUCCUCACCUGCCUUUGCUGCAAGCGGGGCGACGUGGGGUUUAAGGAAUUUGAGAACCCAGAUGGAGAAGAAUAUUCUGGAGAGUACACACCACCUGCAGAGGAGACAUCCUCUUCUCAGUCUAUCCCAGAUGUCUACAUUCUGCCACUCUCCGAGGUCUCGCUCCCAUCCUCUAACCAACAGAUGCCCAAAACUGAUCUGGUGAAGCACCUGGGACUAAGCAGACAACACCUCAGUUACUUGCAGGAGAUUGGAAAUGGCUGGUUUGGAAAAGUAAUUCUGGGUGAAAUAUUCUCCGAUUUCACCCCUGCACAGGUGGUGGUGAAGGAGUUACGGGUGAAUGCCGGGCCACUGGAACAGAGAAAAUUCAUAUCGGAGGCCCAGCCCUAUCGAAGCCUCCAACAUCCAAAUAUAUUGCAGUGCCUCGGCCUUUGCACAGAGACCAUUCCUUACUUGCUUAUCAUGGAAUUCUGCCAACUGGGAGAUUUGAAGCGUUACCUUCGAGCUCAACGCAAAGCAGAUGGGAUGACCCCGGAUUUGCUAACCCGGGACCUGAGCACACUGCAGCGCAUGGCCUAUGAGAUCACACUGGGAGUAUUGCACUUGCAUAAAAACAACUACAUCCACAGUGAUCUGGCACUUCGGAACUGCUUACUGACUUCUGACCUCACAGUGAGGGUUGGAGACUAUGGCCUAUCGCACAACAAUUACAAGGAAGACUAUUACAUCACUCCGGACAGGCUCUGGAUCCCUUUGCGUUGGGUCGCUCCAGAGUUGUUGGAUGAGAUGCAUGGAAACGUCAUUGUUGUGGAUCAAACCAAGGAGAGCAAUGUUUGGUCGAUGGGAGUGACCAUCUGGGAGCUCUUUGAAUUUGGCUCCCAGCCUUACCGGCACCUCUCCGAUGAGGAAGUGCUGACUUUUGUCGUCAAGGAGCAGCAGAUGAAACUGGCCAAGCCACGCCUUAAGCUUCCUUACUCUGACUAUUGGUAUGAGGUAAUGCAGUCCUGCUGGCUCCCAGCGUCUCACCGCCCAACUAUGGAAGAGCUACAUUUGCAGGUGAGCUACCUGUUGAAUGAGCGCUCCAACGCUCAAGCAGAGGAGAGCUUUGAGUGGCGUUGGAGUGCACUGAAGCCAAAGCGCUCCUCUUCACCACCAGCAGCCUCCUCUUCCUCAGCACGUCACCGCCGUUCAUCAGAAGAGAUCUCCGCUUACCCGCUAUUGGAUGGGUUCCAUGGCGGCGACAUGGAUGAUAUUCUGACCGUGACUGAAAGCAGUGGGGGGCUGAACUUUGAGUAUAUGUGGGAAAAGGCCCGCCUGGGAAGAUGGAAGGGCCCUGCCUCGGCUCCUCCUGAGUACCCCUCCAGCAAUGGCGGCCUAGCUGUACCAGGCAGCAAUCCUUUCUACGAACAGGCCUCACAGCGUGGACACAGCCUGGAAACCCCUAGUGUUGUGCCCGUAAUCAGUGCCCGCAGUCCUUCGGUCAGCAGUGAGUAUUACAUCCGCUUGGAGGACCAUGGCAGUGGGGAGGGGCCAGUCUGCGCUCCCAGUCCUGGCUCACCGCCCCAGCCCCUCUUCCCCUCAGAUUGGGACUGCCCUGGUGCUUCCUAUCGCCCACAGGAGCAGCCCACCAGCAAUCCCUUCCUGCCCAGUAGUGGUGGGGACAGCAACCCCUUCCGUGCAGACAGCGAGAUCCAAGAGACAUCAUUGACAGAGACUCCCACGACGGGAGGGGAAUCGUUCCUCGCUGAGUCCCUGCUCACAGUAUACCGUGAAUUGGAGGACCAGCAGCGUAGCUGGGAUGCUGAGAUGAUGGAAGAACGAGGAGCAGGGGAGACAUUGGCUGGGGACCCAUCAGAGUUCCAGGGAUCCCCCUCAUGGGAACAGGAGCCCUCGCUGAUGGAGGACCAGAGUUCUGGCAGCAGCACAGAUGGUGGCGGGAGCAGCAUUGGGGGUGGGCGGCGCAAUCUCUUGCCAUGCCCACUCUGCACUCGGGUGCGUUGCACAUGUGCCAUUCCUAGGGGGGAUGUGGUGAGUGGCUGGAGCAACCAUGGCCCACCCUUGCAACGCCCUCACCGUGACAGUUACGGCACUGAGGAUGACUCCUCACUGAAAGUGGAGCGGGGUUCCCUCUCUGAGUGUCCUAUGCUGCCCCCAAGGGACUGUGAUGGGGAAGGAGAGGCGCACAGCGAAUUUUUUGACCCACUCAUGGGCACCGUUGUGAAGACGUAUGAACUUCAAGAUUACCCAAAGCAGAGAGGAGGAGGCAGCACACGGAUUGCCCCAGGUUCACCCUUCCCAGCCAUGUCUUCUGGCUGCUGCAAUGUGAUUGUUCCAGUAGAGAUACCCCCAUUGUCUACUCUAGCUGAGAGUAAUGAUGAGGAGACUAUUGCAAUCCUCCCGGAUGUUAUUGAUGGGUUUUCCACGGGCCCUGUAACCUUAACCCUCUCCCCAGCAGCACCAGACCGACAAAGAGGAACCCUAGAUUCUGUAGAUUCCUUGGACAUUCCUUCUAACACCAGUUCGUCAGAUGUCUGCAGCCCUGCAUCACAUUAUUCCUCUCCUGGGCAAAAAUUUGGGGACAGUGGCUAUGAAACAGAGAACACUUUCUCUCCUGAGUUCAUCUUCAAAGAGGAUCCUCCACCACUAGCACCACCAGAAGAAGAGGAGGAAACAGAGGGAGAUGAAGAUUCAGGCAAACUCCCAACAACAUCCAUCUCUCAAUCCACUAGUGACCUUACCUUGUCUGUGAGUGAAGAAGGGGUGGAGCUGGAGGAAGAGGUAGGGAGGAGUUUGGGACCUACGACACCACACCGUGACUCUGCCUACUUCUCUGACGGAGAGGCAGAAUCCCUUGAGGUCCUGGCUCCUCCUGCCCCUGCUGCUGGGAGUGAGGAGGGAAAGUCCAUAGAGAAGACAACUCUGGAUGGAGGCUUUGUCGUCCAGGUAUGCAAGGAACAGCUCUUGGUUACACUGCAUGAAAAUGUCACACGCAACCUACUCUGCAGUCAGAAGAAGCCAGUGCCGGGGUUUCGUCCGGUUGCCCCUUUGAAGGACCAGGCCAUCCUUCGUCUGUGGCCCCUAGAACCUGAAGAGGGGCAGGAAGAGACAGAGGAAGAGGAAGAAGUGGAGGAGGAGGACAAGAAAAAUCACAAGAAGGAUGUCACUGAUUCCCAGCAGCCAGAAAUCAUGGAAGAUAAGGAGAAGGAAGAGGUGGUGGAGGAAGAGGAGGUAGACAUGGAGAAUAAGGAGAAACAUCAAGAAGAGGUUAAUGGAGAGCUUGAGGGGAUAAAACCUGGAUGUGAGGAAGAGGAGAGAAAAGAAAAGGAGAAGCCUAGCCAGAUAGAGAUUCAAAGUGUAGCAGGAUCCAGUGUGGUUGAACUCCCAGAUGUCCAUAAAGACAGCUCUGUAGCAACUGAGCAGCCCCCAAAGGAGCAGGAGCCUGGACUCCCAGGGAAUCAAGCUGGGGAAGAUAUCAAAGUCAAGCUGUCCCGCUUGUCCCUGUCGCUGCCCCCUCUGGCCUUGCAGGCUUUCCCUCCACCUGGAGGAGGAAGGAAAGGGCCAUUUUGGGAAGGAGCGGCUUUGGGGGAGGGCCCCGUGCUGGGUGGGAGAGAAGCUGCCAUGGCGGCAGAGGAUGAGGAGGACGAUGAUGCUGAGGAGGAUGAGGAAGGAGGCCUGGCUGGAAGUGGCGGGAGGGGUGUCCCCAUUGUGGUGAGCGAAAGCGACGAUGCCCACAACUUGCGUGGUCUCCUCAAGUCCCCGCGCUCAGCAGAAGAGGCAGCUGCUGAGCUGGACCGCAAGCGAAAGAUGGUCUCCUUCUUUGACGAUGUCACCGUCUACCUCUUUGACCAGGAAACACCAACCAACGAGCUGAGUUCACAGGGAGCACCGGAUGGUGAUGCCCCUUCUCCUGGCUCAACGUUAGAACCAGGACUUGAUCCCUUUCCCGCAGCCGAUGGCUUCAGUGGCAGUUUCGAAUGGGACGAUGAUUUCCCCCUGAUGGCUCAGAAUCCCUCGUAUGUCUCCAUGGUGUCGGACCCCAGCACAGUCAAGCCCUCCCUCCCAGCCAUGUCUUCGCCGGUGCCCCUGGCCCCUGCCUUGCUGCCCUCAGCCAAGAGGACCGAGUCUGGCCUUGUCGAUGCCCUGAGGUUCUCCCGCUUCACCGUCUCUCCUGCCCUGGAGCCACAUCUUUCUCCCUCUUGUGACACUGAACUAGGACCUACAGCCAACCCAAUAGAGAACUGAGACAAAGUCGAAAGUGGACAACUCCACUGCCUGUCGCCUCAAUGUUCAGGGAUGCUGCCCAAUCAACCGGUUGACAUACCGGUGCCAAGAUGCCGCACCGAUUUCUGUGGUGAAUGGACAGACACACAUGCGUUUGUGCGUGCGUACAUUUGUGUUCAUGGUAUGGAAGCCAUUGUUGCUAACUGGACCUUGCUUCCCGACGGACUUUUUUCCCUCCCUGUCUUUGCCCUUCCUCCUACGUUCCCACUUGGGAACGGCGGGCUGGAACCUUUUGUAUGAACCUUUUGGGGCCACCAACUGAUGAGGGAAACAUCUCCUCAAUUUUACAGGGGGGUCCUCACCCAGUACUGGCUUUUGAAUGUAUAACCCCUCUCCCUCUCCCAGCUUUCUUUCCUUUCUCUGAUAUGUCACAGCUAAGGGCCCUCUGUGCCAAACAGAGAGGGUCAGGGUCAGGGAAUGCAGCCUCUAAGGACAUACCGUUGACUUCUUGUGAGCCCUUUGCAUCUCCCUGAAUCUCAUCAGCUGUACUCCUGGAAUGUGGAACAUGGCUGCCAAUUUAAAUCCCUUUUGUGCCAAAUGGGACUGAAUGGGGCUGGGAAUCCUCCCCAAUUAACCAGCAUUAGGUGUAUAUAUAUACAUAUAUAUAUAUAUAAAGAAAAGACCAUUGAUUUGACCUUGGGACAGAAUUGCACUGGGAAGACAGAACAACCAAAUCACACCCACUAGCUUGGAGUAACUGAGAGAUUAUUGGAACCAAUGAAGUGAGUGCUGAGAUUUGCUUGGAUGGGAAUGCUUUAUCUGAAGCUACAAAAUACCAUUUUUCCAAACGUGAUAUGCAUUAGUCAACAUCUGUUAACUGAUACAUGAAGUGCCAUGGGAAAGUUGGUCACAUCACCAGCGUGUAGCAACCAAGUAAUGGACACCCACUGGUUAAUAAUGUGAACAAUGCCUUCCAUAUUGGCCUGGCUAAUAGAUGCAUACUUGGAAAAGCAUCCAUGGUUCAUAGCAUUGAUGGAGAUUGGUUGGCUUUUUUGGAACUAGUUUGUCCUCACCAUCCUAGUCCCUUAGUGGUUUAUGUUGUGAGGGUAAUGGAGGUUAUUAGGGUACAGUUGAAAUGAAGAUGGUUUCCAGAGGUUGGUGUAGCCGCUGAUCAAUUGUGCCUAAAGAACCACAUCAAGAUGAAUGGAUUGUAUUAGAAAUGAGCUUGGGGAUAUUCAAAGCUUAAGGAAUCAAAUUGAGUUGUAUUUUUUUUUUUGAAACCUAGAGGGAUUGAAUCUUGUCCAUCCCUCCUCUCUGCUUGCAAGAGUUUGGAUAAAGGAGCAUUGGUGAGCGGGGAUUACAGGGGUUAAUUUGGGGAGAGGGGCAAAUAUAUGCAUGAACUUGCCUUCCAGCAAGGGGUGGGUGGGAUGGGGAUUAGACUUGAUAACCAACCGAGCCCUUCCUGCAUUGAUUUCUGUAGAGAAUAUUCAUCAGGCUACAACCAGUAUGUUGCUGGUUUGUGUCGAACUUACAAUAGUCACAGCCAGCUUUCAUUAUGAGGCUGGAGCCCCUGGAUAUAAACAUUUAUUACAAGGUCCAUCUUCUUAGUAAGACAGGAAUGAUUUAAGGUGUUCUCUUACUCCACCCUAGCAGAAGAACAACUGUAGGUAGGUAAGAAAACAAAAAAACGAGAUACCUCAACUGGUAGUUUCUACUUGCAACCUGUGAAUGUUGCAUGCAUGUAUUUGGUUUAUGGCAAGGGUGAGAAAACUUUAGCUUUCUCGAUUAUUUGGACCCAAAAGAUGAUGCCCCACGCAGCACAGCUAACAACAAAGGAUUGUGGGAGUUGUAUUCCAGAAGACCUGGAGAGUCAGAGUUCUCCACUCCUCAUUUAAGGCAUAGUUUAUGGGAGAAAGGACAUCUUUUUUUUUUUUUGAGUUGCACUUUUUGGUUUUCAAAGCGAGCAUCCACAGAUAGGCCUAUCCUUUAUGUGUUCACUUUUGAGUUGGUGUAGACACAGCAAACAUGAUUUUGACAGGAGAGUGACAAAAUGGUAGCUUUCUUGUAGGCAGAGGCAGUAGCUGCAGUUUGGAGUGGAUUUGGUUAAAGAACUGGAACUCCACUGGCUUCUUUUGUCCUGUGACCUGCUAUGAACCAGGUGCUGCAGUAUAGACUUGUUUCUAGCUAGCUGAAAUAGCUAAAAGGACCAGCAGAGUAGGCUGGCAAGUGUAAAAUUAAAUAAAACCCUUUAAUGUGGCCUCCAGAGCCUCCCCCUCGAGAGUGCUGGGUCUUACUCCUGUAGAUAUGACUUUCUCAAGUCCACCAAGGCUUAGCUGCCUUCACUGCAUCUAUUAUGUUGGUAUGCUAUGUUGAGAAACACUAUGGCUGACCUAAUAGAAAGAACUACCUGAGAGCAAAGAGCUGACAGCACUUAUCCCUUGAACUCUUGAAGGUUGCUUCAGUGACUCCAGCAAUGCCACAACCUAAAGGUGGCAAACCAUAUGGCUUUUGACACUGAAAUGAUAGAGUGGGCUAUUCCAGCCCUGUUUUCAGUUGUCACACCACAUGUGGCAUCUGUCUGUGUAUCCCCUAGGAGACCUGCUAUCCACUGUGAGAAUCCCUGGUUUAAGGGACAAUGACUCUUAUCUGAGGCAUUCCUCCUUCCCUCAAAUGACUUAAGAGUUCCGGCCACUACAGUUUGAAGACAUUGGGCAGCUAUUCUUGCCUUUCCUUCUGAGUGUGUGUUCUGCCUUUGGGAUAGAGGCGGGAAAAGCCAGAAAUGUUACAAAAAGCAGACAUAAAUACAGAUCUUCGUAGUUAGUUCCAACAAGUGUAGAUCUGUUGAAUCCUUUAUUUGAAGAGAAAGUCAAUACAAAGAUAAACACCUUGGAUUCACUGGUUUUAUUCUAGUAGGAGGUGACCAAUAACACGUACCUUCCAGCAUUUCAUAGGUAAACACCAAGAAACAUGUGGCUAAGCAACAUUGUAUGAUGGUGAAGUUGGCAAAAUUAUUGAGGGAGAAUAGACAUGGUAAGAGCAGCUGCAGUAAUUUUGUCUUUGCCUGAAUUUACUGGGAAGAGCAGGAUUCUGGCCCUACUAAGUUCCCUGGGUGAAAGCUAGUUUGUACUUUGAACUUAGUUUGCAGCAAUUAAAAUAUGCUGGGGAUGAAAAGGGAAAAAGGAGAAGAGAUAAAGUGGGACAUUAUAAAAGCAUCUGAAAAACUGAAAUGGCAGAGGACUAGUUGAGAAUAUCUGUACCAAACUGGGACAGUUGAAAUAUAUGGUAAUAGUAGGAUUCAGGUCAUUAUCAUGUAGACCUUUCAUAAAAAUGCAUGUUUGAAACAAGGCAUCUGUGGGAUAAAUGCAAAUAAAGAAUUUGUGGGGAUCUUUGGAAGAUUGAUCUGCCCAUAUGAAAAAUGUAAAGAAAGAGAAAGGAUGGGGAAGGGUAAAUAAUAAUAAAAAGAAAGAAACGCACAUUACAAUUUAUGUCUAUAUGGACAGAAAGGAUUGAAAGUAAAACAGAGGUGAGUAGCUAGCUAAAAGGAUAAGGACUGUGAAUAUUCCAGGAAUCAGGAGAGGAUGGGUGAUUUAACCGGCUGGAAAGGACGCUUGGGGUGGGUUGGGGGUGGAGAAUGGAUGCGGGGUGUCUUGUGGGAACUGAGUGGUGAGAGAUGUCAUUAUGGGAUGGUUGUAGGGGUGGUGAUACCUUUACUGGAAAGGUUGGGAACAAGUAUGUAGGGAUGGGGAGAGUAUUUAAAUUAUCAAAACUUUAAAGUCUCAAAAUUCUGCAAUGAUAAUAAAUUGUGCAUAUUUGCAAA